GGUUGGGCGGGCGGGGGGGGUUUUCUCAGGGGCUUCUCGUUGGGCGCGGAUCGCUGCGGGCUCCGCGCGGCCAUGGAGGCGGACGGGAGCCAGGCUACCUCGGGGAGCCCCGGCGAGGCGCAGCACGACCCCGGCAAGAUGUUCAUCGGCGGCCUCAGCUGGCAAACCUCACCAGACAGCCUUAGAGACUAUUUUAGCAAAUUCGGAGAAAUUAGAGAGUGUAUGGUCAUGCGGGACCCCACCACCAAGCGCUCCAGAGGCUUCGGGUUCGUUACGUUCGCGGAUCCGGCGAGUGUAGACAAAGUCUUGGCUCAGCCCCACCACGAGCUGGACUCCAAGACGAUUGACCCUAAAGUUGCAUUUCCCCGACGAGCACAGCCCAAGAUGGUCACGAGAACAAAGAAAAUAUUUGUAGGUGGAUUAUCAGCUAACACAGUAGUGGAAGAUGUAAAGCAAUACUUUGAGCAGUUUGGCAAGGUGGAGGACGCCAUGCUCAUGUUUGACAAGACGACCAACAGGCAUAGAGGAUUUGGCUUCGUAACUUUUGAGAACGAGGACGUGGUGGAAAAAGUUUGUGAGAUUCAUUUCCAUGAAAUCAAUAACAAAAUGGUAGAAUGUAAGAAAGCACAGCCUAAAGAAGUGAUGUUUCCACCAGGGACGAGAGGAAGGGCCCGUGGAUUACCCUAUACCAUGGACGCCUUUAUGCUAGGGAUGGGAAUGUUGGGUUACCCCAACUUCGUGGCGACGUACGGCCGAGGCUACCCCGGAUUCGCCCCCAGUUACAGCUAUCAGUUCCCAGCCCUAUUACCAUAUUUAAAUGCAAGUUUCCCGGCAGCGGCUUAUGGACCAGUAGCAGCAGCAGCCGUGGCAGCAGCAAGAGGAUCAGGUAGGGGGGCCCGUGGAAGAGCAAACCCUCAGAGUGCAGGGUCAGUCUUGAAUAGCUACAGUGCUCAACCGAAUUUUGGCGCACCCGCUUCCCCGGCAGGCUCCAACCCAGCCCGACCCGGAGGCUUCCCCGGGGCCAACAGCCCAGGGCCCGUGGCGGAUCUCUACGGCACGGCCAGCCAGGACUCCGCCGUGGGUAACUACAUAAGCGCCGCCAGCCCCCAGCCGGCCUCCGGCUUCGGCCACGGCAUCGCCGGCCCUUUGAUUGCCACGGCUUUUACAAAUGGAUACCAUUGAAACGUUACACAUGGGUGGUUGCCAUCUCACUUGGAGAGUCUCUCUGGAUGUCCGGGCAAGACGGGGCGCAGUUUCUGAAGGGGCCCAGGUGUGGGUGAUCUGAUCAGACUUUGAGCACUACAUCAACAUCAGCGCUAAGGCAAACCAACCCGAGGUGGCACUCGACGGACUUCGGUUGUUUAAAAAACAAAAUCUCUCUCAUCAUCUCAUGAAUCUGCUGUACUAUAAAAACAACAGCUUUUAAAAGUAUGUAUAUAAAACCCAUUUCUUGGUCGUUUUAUUUUCUCGAUGGGUUCCCUUCCCCCCCUCCCCUGCCCUGCCC